AAUCGUUUUCACCUCAACAUUUUUUCUAAACUUCAUUGAGAGAGCACGAAGAUCAAGAUCUAGCCUAGCAACGAAAGCGAUUUAUACUUUUUUUUGCGGAUUUUAGCAAAAAUUAUUUGUGUAAACAAAAGCAAAAUGACGCUUCCAGACACAAUGGACAAAGAAAACACUACAGAAACAAGAAAACUCAAGGUGAUGGGCCUGACGCUAAGAGCAUGCAUUAAGCAAGCUUUAAGAAGACAUGGACUAACAUGUGGGAUGAAAGCUUGCGGAGAGCUUCUCCAUAGUGCACCAAGUACUGUCAUGAUGUGCCUCCUACCUGACAGUCGGCACAAUGUCAGCGUCCACAUCAACCAGACCCUGAUAGAAGCCUUCUGUCGUGAGAACAAUAUUCUCACUAUCCAUGUGAAGGAUGACAGCAAGCUGCAGAUGCUACUGCACAAGCUGUCUGAUGGCAGGCAUGGUUCUAGGAUUAAUGGAAAGUCUGAUGACAGCAGCUGUUUACUAAUACAGGUACCCAAAAGAGGACCUAGUAAAGAAGAUCAAUUGCUGUGCCAAUAUUUUGAAGAAAUGCUCAAACAAACUUAUCCACUGCCUCACUUAACAUUACCAGAUUGAUCUUUAUUGUAUCUGCCUGAUAUGAAUCUAAAAUACAAAAAAAGACUGACAUGUCAAGUCAGCAGUGUAAAUGAAUGUCUCUGAACACUGUACAAAAUCAGUUUCAUCCUAAUCAUUGAGCUAAUGUUGGUUUGGUGCAGCCUUGAGAUUGUGCCUGGUCAGAGUUAUGGACACAGAUUCAUCUUGAAGAUAAAAACUUUCUAGCAUCGUGCAGAAAGUCAAUAGUUACAAUCCUAAUUAUCAAAAUCAACACAUUAUUGAAUAGUGAUCACAAACAUGUUUUUGCUUUUAUGCUAGUGAUAUUUUUGUUACAAGUUUCCAUGUUCUGAUAUAUUGUUACAUACUGCCAUGUUCUGAUUUAUUGUUCUCUGAUUUAUUGUGCAGGGUUACAUGCAACUGUAUUUAAUACUUCAUUCUCUACAUAGGCUUGAAGAUUCUGUCAAAGAAUAGUAUAGGUUUUAUUUCUGAAACAGUUAGUUAAAGUACACUUUAUGCUGUACUUGAGAAUGUGAAUCACAUUUUGUUGCCCACAAGCUAUAAUUAUAUUCUGUUCCAUUUGUUGUUUCACAAUGAUGUCUUGAACUUGUUUCUUAUGUUGGAUAAUGUUCUAGUUUUGUUAAAUCAUGUAAAAAAAAAUUGUAAAUAGUGUACAUUAUCUAUUAGUUUGGCUUGUUGAAUUUAAGUUUAUUGUGCUGAAUUAACUUGCUUAAACAUUGAUUCAGUUGUAUUGACCUUAUUUAUAAUAAACUUUUGUUAUAUCUAUACAA